GUGCGGGGCGGCGGCGGUGGAGAUGCACCGCCGCGGGGUGGGCGCCGGCGCCAUCGCCAAGAAGAAGCUGGCCGAGGCCAAGUAUAAAGAGCGGGGCACCGUCCUGGCAGAGGACCAGCUGGCCCAGCCGGGGUUGCGUGGCGGUGCGAUGAAGGCCACUGGAAUGCCACACGCGCCGUGUGUUCCAGCUGAAGCCUUCCCGUUCCCCCGGAUCACAGCCCGUCCUCCUGUCCCCCCCAGCCGGCGGGGGACCCCACCGACGCCCCGCCCGGCCCCCGAGCGGGCGGAAGAUGUCGAAGCAGCUGGACACGUUCAAGACCAACCUGGAAGAGUUUGCCAGCAAGCACAAGCAGGAGAUCCGGAAGAACCCCCGGUUCCGGGUGCAGUUCCAAGAUAUGUGCGCCACCAUUGGGGUGGAUCCCUUAGCCUCCGGGAAAGGCUUCUGGUCAGAGAUGCUGGGCGUGGGCGACUUCUAUUACGAACUCGGCGUCCAGAUCAUCGAAGUGUGCCUGGCCCUGAGACACCGCAAUGGGGGCCUGAUCACCCUGGAGGAGUUGCAGCAGCAGGUGCUGAAGGGGCGGGGCAAACUGGCCCAGGACGUCAGCCAGGACGACCUGAUCCGGGCCAUCAAGAAGCUGAAGGCCCUCGGCACCGGGUUCAGCAUCAUCCCGGUCGGGGGCACCUACCUGGUCCAGUCGGUCCCGGCCGAGCUGAGCAUGGAUCACACGGUGGUGCUGCAGCUGGCCGAGAAACGCGGCUGCGUGACGGUCGGCGAGAUCAGGACCUGCCUCAAGUGGGAGACGCAGCGGGCGCAGCAGGUGCUGACCGGGAGCCCCGUGUGGGACGGGGACUGUAUCCGGCCUGAUUAACCGACAUCCACCUCAGUGCUUGGCGGAUAGCGAGCGCUGAACGAGCACCGUGAAAGCAACAAAACCGAAAAGGCCAAAGCCCCCUCCUGCCAUCGACGGGGCCCUGCCGUCUCGUCUCGUCGCCCCUUCCUCUCCGCGAUUGAGGGCCGGGAGACUGAGGCGCUUGGGUGGGGUCGGCCGUUGUCCAGGGCGGGGACGGCGGCUUGGGACCCCCUUCCCCCCUUGCCGUCCGCGCCAUCUUAAGGGGCACUGGGGCGGUCUCCGGGACCCCAACCAUUUAACGGAGGGGGCGGCGUCUCCUCUCCCCGUCCAGGAUCACAGUGGCCGGGCCGGGUCCCCCGGGCCCCGUCCGGGAGGCGGGGUUCGGAAGCCGGAGUAGCCGCUACCUUUGUCACGGCUGGGAUAUCCUCCCCCCUCAACGACCCCCCCUCCCGUCU